CUCGAUUUCCAUCCAUGUGCAAGUUUUUCCCCCCUCUUUUCCUUUUCCAAACUGCGAACGAGUUUCAAUUUUGAUCCCGAGUUUUCCCAAUUGAGAAAUUCUUUUGCUCUGGGUUCCAAAAUGAAUCCCCCUUUUACUUCUCAAUUUUUCAAUUUGUUUUCCUAGCCUCGCAGCACAUCUCGAUUUUUUUCUUUAAUUGUGUUCAUCUUCACCUCAAAAAUCAAUUCGAUUUCUUCUUUGCUCGAGAUCAACAGAAUGACAUGAAUUCUUGAUCCGCUGCUAAAUCUUGACUUGCAACUUUUCGCCAACCUAGAAUUUUGCACUGCAAUCGUAAAUGAUUUCUCUGAUUUCGGAGAAUAAUUUUAUUCCCCAAAUCCCAGUCGGGUUUGAAGUAUAACAGAGUAGAACUGUGAUAUCUCACAUGGCUUCAUACAGGCCGUUCCAUCCGCCGGCGCAGUCAACAAUCGCUCCUCCACCGACAGCGCCACCGAAUCAAAUUACUCUUCAGCCCCCGGCACCACCACCACACGGCAAUCAGUACCCUCAGAAUUGGGAUACUUCCAGCGGCAAAGAGGGCUCGGCAUACAAUCAGAAUUUUGCCCAGAUGAAUCUGAGUUCAAACUAUCAACAUGCAGGAUAUGGAUCAUCAUCGCAACAGCAUUUCAGCCAUCCAGUGCCGCCACCGCCCCAACAGCAGCCGUUUCAGUAUCAGCCACCACCACCGCCACCAUCAGAAUCUUCUUCGUAUCCUCCACCACCACCACCCUCGUCCAUGCCACCAUUACCGGUCCCAGCUCCUCCAACAUAUUACCCGGAUUCUCAAUUCAAUCAGCCUCAACCAUUGCAACCGCCGCCUCCACCACCUCCUCCUUCAUCUCCUCCUCUUCCUCCUCCACCACCUUCUCAGCCCUCAUCCCCGCCACCACUCCUUUCUACUGGGCCUUCUGCGAGAUUGAGCACGAAGAGCAGGCAUGCAGGUGAGAAAUCAGGGCAUGGAAAUCUGGAAGCUUCAUCUAAACAGAAACAAAAGCCCCCCUUGCCGCAUACUGGCCCAGUUCAAAGAUCUAGUAGGCAUGGGCAAACAGGUAAGGCUGAGACAGAGGAGGAGAGAAGGUUGAGGAAAAAGAGGGAGUAUGAAAGGCUAAGGCAAGAGGAGAAACACAAGCAGCAUUUGAAGGAGUCUCAAACUAAAGUGCUACAGAAGACCCAAAUAUUGGCCACUGGGGUAAAGGGCCACGGGUCUAUUAGCGGAUCGCAUAUGGGUGACAGGAGUACUCCAUUACUAAGCGGUAACAGAAUUGAAAACCGAUUGAAGAAGCCGACAACUUUUGUCUGCAAAAUGAAGUUCUGGAAUGAACUACCAGAUCCAUCUGCAAAGAUGAAGCUUUUGACUUUAAGAAGAGACCGGGAUCGAUACGUUAAAUACACAAUUACAUCAUUGGAGAAAAAUCACAAACCUCAGCUAUACGUUGAACCGGACCUUGGGAUACCUCUUGAUCUUCUUGAUCUGAGUGUAUAUAAUCCUCCGAAGGGUGAAAGACCAUCCAUGGAUCCUGAGGAUGAGGAGAUAUUGCAUGAAGAUGUUCCUAUAACCCCAAUUAAGAAAGAUGGCAUAAAACGGAAAGCAAGGCCCACUGAAAAGGGUGUUUCUUGGCUAGUCAAAACUCAGUACAUAUCUCCUCUCAGUACAGAAUCAACAAAGCAGUCUCUAACCGAAAAACAAGCAAAGGAAUUGCGUGAAUCAAGAGGCGGUCUGAACAUUUUGGAUAAUCUUAACAGCAGGAAAGGGAAAAUUCAGAAUAUUGAGACUUCAUUCAAGGCAUGCAAGUCAAAGCCUGUUCAUGCAGUCAACUGCCAACUACAGCCUAGAAGGAUUUUACCACUUAUUCCUUAUUUUGAGCGGUAUGAAGACCAGUUCGCAUAUGCGAGUUUUGACAGUGCUCCAACAGCUGAUUCAGAAAUCUACAGUAAGCUGAAUGCAGCAGAUCGUGAUGAGCACGAACGUUGUGCAAUUAUGAAAAGUUUUAUGGCUUCAAGCUCGAGUACAGAUAAACCUGAUAAAUUUUUGGCAUACAUGGUGCCAUCAGUUGGAGAGCUGAAGAAGGAUAUGCAUGAUGAAAAUGAAGAUAUUACCCAUUCAUGGAUCCGAGAGUAUCACUGGGAUGUGCGAGGUGAUGAUGUAGAUGAUCCUACCACAUACCUCGUCGCAUUUGGCGAUUCAGAAGCCAAAUAUUUACCACUUCCGACAAAGCUUAUUCUAAGAAAAAAGAGGGCAAGAGAAGGAAAAUCAGGUGACGAGGUCGAACAUUUUCCUGUGCCUAAAAGGGUGACGGUUAGAAAGAGAUCUCAAGUAGCUGUCAGAGAAUUGAAAGAUAUUGAGCAGGAUUAUGUAGCUUCAAAUGGAAGAUUAGGCGUGAAUGGGAAGGGUGUGCACCACAGUGAUGUUGAUGAUCAAGAUACUGGAGGUGAAGAUUAUAUAUCCGAGUAGUUCCUUUUGUUUGAUUGCUAGAUAGACUGGAAAAUGAACAGAAUUGAAAGAGAGACAGUCUGGUAUUUGCUAGCAUAUGUAUAUAUUUUUUGUUAGUCUUGUUCAUUUUGUGUAUAAAAUAACAGCAUAUGUAUAUCUUUUUUCGUUGAAUGUGUGAAUUUAUAAAUAAGAAAUGAGGGGCAAUGAAUGUGUCACCAAUUUGAUUUAAUUUCA